GGUAGCAUUCAGAACUUUAUCAUUUCACAAGUGAGAGUGUAGGUGUGUGUUCCUAGUUUGCAUUGUAGCCUAGGCUAGAGACGCGCGAAUAGGCUACUCAGAGGUGAUCCAACAGGCUGCCCUGACUACACAUUGGCUAAAUGCUCAGCACGACCACACAGGUGCAUCUGUCUUAACGACCUCCUGUCUAGUCCUGGUAUCUGCACACAGUAAUACAUUAAGGGAACGGCAUAGGACAAUGAGCUCCUCUCUUCCCAAAAGCGAAUCUACCACCUCUCUCCUGAGAGCUCCGGCCGUGCCGGUGAGUCGGAGGUCCGAACAUUCUGAGCAUCAUGGGUCGCGCAGCCACUGUAGUCACAUCCAUCAACCCGACGGAGGUAAAGAUGUACCUGACGAGCCGUGUUGGACCGAUGAGUGCGAGGCAAGCGCGCGCAGACCCCUUUGUCAACCGAGGCAUGCUGGUGGCAGGACAGACAGGAAUGGAUGUGAUAAACGGGGACAUUCCCACCAACGAAGCAGCCACUACAAUGACGGCUACAGCCAGGAAGAAGUUAGAGAGCGGGUGGAUCGGAGCGGGAAAGACCGCAGUAAGUCGUCUAGACACCCACACCACCACCACCACCACACCUCAAGAGGUGACCUGCCGCCAGCUCAUCACCACGGCAACGCACGUCCGGGGCUGAGGUCCUCGCCAACUCCAUCCUAUACUAAACAAUCCGACGAUACUGCGUACUUUUUUGAAUCGAAGGACAGAAUAAAUACUGGGUCGUCCACGAGUUUAAACUCGGUCCCACCCGCAACGUCCACGCCAGUUACCGGCCCCGCUACCAGCCGCACCUCCAAAAGAUUCAGCACAGCUCCAUCUGAACAUGACUCCAAUCUGCACCCGAUAGUGAAAUCAGUCUUCGGACAGGACCAGAAGAAGAACUACAGAGCAGUGCAGUCCUGUGAGGAGGGGACUGGGGGGGCCUAUCUUGAGCCACUAGUGGCUAUGGCUCAGAACGGAGGCAACAUGCACAACGUACUGGGGCCUGCCUGCAUCUUUCUACGCAAGGGCUUCGCUGAGAGCCGGCAGGCUAAGAAGGAUAGAGAGCUGAGGCCGGAGGAAAUGGAUGAGUUGCGUGAGGCUUUUAAAGAGUUUGACAAAGACCACGACGGCUUCAUUGGCUGUAAAGACCUGGGCAACUGCAUGAGGACCAUGGGCUACAUGCCUACUGAGAUGGAGCUGAUUGAACUGAGCCAGCAGAUCAAUAUGAACCUGGGACGACAUGUUGACUUUGAGGACUUUGUGGAGCUGAUGGGGCCAAAGCUUCUGGCUGAAACAGCAGAUAUGAUUGGGGUCAAGGAGCUGAGGGACGCUUUUAAAGAGUUUGACACCAAUGGUGACGGCAAGAUCAGCACAUCAGAACUCAGAGAAGCAAUGAAAAAACUUCUCGGUCAACAGGUUGGUCACAGGGACCUAGAAGACAUCCUGAGGGACAUUGACCUGAAUGGAGAUGGUCACGUGGACUUUGAAGAGUUUGUACGUAUGAUGUCUCGCUGAGUGACAGGUUAAGCACCUGUAGGCCAUGUUUCUGACUGGCCCCUUUCCUGGUAAGAGAGGAAGAGAAGGAGAAGAGAUGCCGAAGCCGUUACCAACAGACCACUUACCUCUGACUUCUGUACAACAG